CAACAGUAAACAUUUCAGUGUUAGCCGAGGCCUCGUGGCAGUCGGAAAGUGAUUUCUAAGACUCCUAACGGUGUAAUUUAUGUGCAUUUUAUGAAUUGUGUUUUUAACGUCUUCAAUAAGUUUAGGUAAUAUUUUUAUACAUGUUUAGUGAAUUGCUGCACUGAAAAAUCGUUACUAAAAUAAAUAGUGACGGGAUCACACGUGCUUGAAAUAUUACUAUAACAUUUCGACAACGGUGCUGCAUGCAACACAACUCAAUGACUACGGUACAAGCAACUUCGAUAACGGGUUGGAAGCCAUCCACAGUUGAUGUGGUCGCCAGCUGUAGGUUAACGAGUAGUAUUACUGCCUCUACAGAUACAAUCAGUCGACAUGCGGCAGUGUCUGUGGACGCGAAUCCUUUGCCGUCAUCCGAGAAAUCGACGACCGCUGUGCAAACAGUAGUCAGUGACUCGCAGCAAUGUCCUUUAGUUAUCAUAAACGAGCACCAAACGCAGGAUCCCCAGCAACCCACAGCUGCACCGGUUGUUGAAUGUCCACGAGACUUAGAUGCUGUGAGAACAAAAAAGACUGAAUCUGCAACAACGACAGCACUGACACCGUCCCUUCGACCAAUAUGUCCUAAUUUGCCUUAUUCCCCGGCAUGUUCACCACGGAUUGGAAGACGUCGACCACCUUUACGCGAAUGUCGCGUGUCGAUCAACGCGCAGAGCUUGGAUGAUCCGAAUGUUCAUCAAAAGCUCAAUCAAUACAAGUUAAUUGAUUCCAUCGGGCAGGGAACGUAUGGACUUGUAAAAUUGGCGUAUAAUGAACUAGAUGACAAACAUUACGCCAUGAAAAUACUAUCAAAAAAAAAAUUAAUGAAGAAAGCUGGCUGCUUUGGUAGAAUGAAUGCCAGGCGCAAAGGGGCCAACCCACUUGAUAAAGUAUACAGGGAAAUAGCUUUAAUGAAAAAACUUGAUCAUCCUAAUGUAGUAAAACUAAUCGAGGUGUUAGAAGAUCCAGAUGAGGAUCAUCUUUAUUUAGUUUUUGAAUUAUUGGAACGUGGGGAAGUAAUGCAAGUUCCUGGUGAUCCUCCUAUGUCUGAAUCCAAAGCCAGAUCAUAUUUUAGAGAUAUUCUGUUGGGUCUAGAGUAUUUGCACUUCCAACGAAUCGUGCACAGGGACAUUAAACCGUCGAAUUUAUUGAUUGACGCCAACGGUCAUGUGAAAAUCGCUGACUUGGGCGUGUGCAACGAGUUCGACGGUAGCGACGAUCUGCUGAGUUCAAGUGCAGGCACACCGGCGUUCGCGGCGCCCGAAGUUCUGGACCCUUCGACAGCGACGUACAGUGGCAAAGCGUUGGACGUUUGGGCCUUGGGGUGUACCUUGUACGCCUUCGUAUAUGGCCGGUUGCCGUACACUGCGGAAUCCGUGUUAGGUGUGCACGAGCAGAUCAGGACGCAACCCGUGCAGUGGCCAGUAGAGCCGGAAACAUCACCACAAUUGGUCCACCUGUUGCACAGACUUCUCGACAAGGACCCCAAUACCAGAAUAACGUUGCCGGCUAUCAAGCAACAUGAUUGGGUGACGAAGGCUGGCGCCGAACCGUUGCCCUCUGAGCAGGACAACUGUCAGCUGAUCGAAGUCAGUGAGGAAGAAAUGAUGAACGUUGUCAAAUCAAUACCCAAACUCAACACGUUGAUACUUAUCAAAGCCAUGCUAAAGAAUCAUUCGUUCUUGAAUCCGUUUUCAGCCGAUGAAUCCAAGCGAAAACUUCAACCAUCUAACCGUUCGCACUCAGCACCCGGAGCAUGCUCUUGGUUUGGAUCAAGGUCAUUAUCCGUGGAUACUACCAAUCUACAAUCAGUCAAAGAACAUGCUGUAAAAGAAAAGUGACUAUGAUAUAUUAUGUUCUUAUUUUACUUUAACUCCCUCUUUUUAAAUUAUUUAGUUUUAAAAUGUUAUCUAAAAAAAAAAAAUAUUUUUAUGAGAGCACUUUACGAAACCUAUUUUAAGACGUUUGAUCAAUUAU